UGUUUUUUUUUUUUUUUUAAUAGGAGAAAGCGGAACGAGUACUUUUUAGUUGUUGAAAUCAUACGAAUUUAUUGUAAAUUUUCAGAUUGUUGUUCUGGUUUUUUUUUGGACGAACGGAAUCUCCGCCUUUGUUCAAAUCCGAGUCAGUGCUGUGUUCUGAUUGGCUGAUCCACAUGUCUGCCGAAGCCACCUGUUGCGCCCUGGGGGAGUGUGGGGCGGGGAGGGGAGGGGCAGGAAGUGUGUCAGAGCGGCUUCCUGUGUCCUCUGCCCCAGCCUCUCCCUUAGUAACGCCCCCCCCCCCAUCCUUUGAGCUGAAGCCUCUGCCCUUCCCGAGCAGUAAGUACGUGAAGCUCAAUGUGGGCGGGUCCCUCCACUACACCACAGUGCAGACCUUGAGCAAGCAGGACAGCCUUCUAAAGGAGAUGUUCAGCGGGAGCGUGGAGGUGCUGACUGACAGCGAGGGCUGGGUGCUAAUUGAUCGCAGUGGAAAGCACUUCGGCACGGUGUUGAAUUUCCUGCGGGACGGGGCCGUGCCGCUGCCAGACGCCCCCCGGGAGCUGCAGGAGGUGCAAGCAGAGGCACGGCACUACCGGGUCCCGGGGCUGCAGGAGGCCUGCCACACUGCUCUGCAGCAAAAGAGUGCGGGUGCGGACGCUGUGUGCAGGAUUCCCAUGAUCACCUCCCCCAAAGAAGAGCAGAAACUCAUCUCCUCCUGCAGCCAGCCAGUUGUUAAACUUCAACACAACAGAAGCAACAAUAAAUAUUCCUACACAAGUAACUCGGAUGAUAAUCUGCUGAAGAACAUUGAGCUGUUCGACAAACUGGGGCUGCGUUUCAACGGGCGAGUCCUGUUCAUCAAGGACGUCCUGGGGGACGAGAUCUGCUGCUGGUCCUUCUAUGGAGAGGGCAGGAAGAUUGCAGAGGUGUGCUGCACCUCCAUCGUGUAUGCCACAGAGAAAAAACAGACCAAGGUUGAAUUUCCCGAGGCCCGUAUCUUCGAGGAGACUCUCAAUAUCCUGAUCUACGAGGGGGGGCGGGGCGGGGGCGUGUCCUCGGCUGUGCUGGAGGCGGGCGGAGUGGCCUCGGCACUAGGGCUCCUCCCCCCAGAGGAGGAGGAUGAGAGGGGGGGCCGUGAGAAGAGGGUGCGGAGGAUUCAUGUGAGGAGACACAUCAUGCAUGAUGAGAGACCGCACGGGCAACAGGCUGUGUUCAAGGACUGAGAGACCCCUGUACCCCAGCCCUGACACUGAGCCUGACUCCCUCGUUCCGGGUACAGUACAGGCACUGUCCUUGGGCUGUACACUUCAAGAAGAACAAUAACCCCAACCCCUCACAUCUAUGCCCUAACCCUACCCCUCUAUAGACCUGAAGAGAGGGGCACAUCAGAUCAGACAGCCCCCUCCCACCUCCAGAAUGGCUGUAAGGACUGAGAAACCCCACACUCCUUUCCUCCCUCCCCUCUCUCCCCAAUCCACUCCUCUCCCCAAAGUUUUAAAUCCAUUCUCUCACCUCUUAUUAGCUUUAUUAACAGGAUCACUGGCCCCUCCCUUUAAAGGAGCGCUGACCAU